AUGAUAAAUGAAAUUGAAACAAACAGGAGAGGUGGAAAUUUUGGUUUAAAGUUUGAUAUCACUCAAGCAUAUGAUUCCCUUAGCUGGAAAUUCUUAUUUCAUGCAUUAGACAGUUUUGGUUUAUCAGAUAAAGGUUUGCACUGGCUACAAGUCCUGCUACAAUAUGCAAGAGUAUCAGUGUUAGUCAAUGGAGGGCCUGAAGGUUACUUUUCAGUUGGUAGAGGCUUAAGACAGGGUGAUCCACUGUCACCCAUGCUCUUUGUCAUAGCUGAAGAUAUCCUUAGCAGAAAUAUUACAAAAAUGAUUCAAGAUGGCAGUUUGAAAGCUAUGGUGAACAGAGGAGACAAGUACUUGGGUGUAAUUUUGAUGCAAGGCAGUGUUAAAACUCAACAUGUAUGGAGUGUGGUAGAUAUGAUGCAACAGAGAUUGGCUGGUUGGAAAGGGGACACUGCAACUAGAAAAAUGAUAACCCUGGAAUGGAAUAAGACUUGUUCUCCAAUAAGUGAAAGUGGUCUUGGACUGAGAAGACUUGAGAUCAUCAAUAAAGCUCUUUUAACGAAGCUACUUUGGAGAAUUCAAAAUGGUACUGAUGAUUGGUCAAAAAAAAUUCAAGCAAAGUACAAGAAUAAAAAUGGUGAAUGGAUUACUUAUUACAAGAAAUCAUCAAUUUGGCCAGGAAUAAAGUGGAUAAUAGGUGAAGUGGAGGAAAACACUAGAUGGAUUGUUGGAGAUGGAAGUAAUAUUUCUGCUUGGAAAGAUAAAUGGUUCCCAGAUAUGAAAGUCUCAAACUUUAUACUUGAUGGUGAAUGGAUUGUGCCAACUGAGCUCAUGGAAAUGAUUAAUAUAAAUGAUUUACCAGUAGUUAGUGAACAUGGAGACAAUAGGAUAUGGACUGGAACCAUGGAACUCUGUUUUUUGAGAAAUGAUUGCAUUUAUGGUAAAUGGAAAUGUGAUCUCAAUGCCACUAAGAAAAGGAUAAUGAAAGUCAUAUUUGACAGUGAUAUAAGAAUGAAAGCACAUAUGUGGAAUAGUCAAUAUGAUCUGCAAAUCCUCAAGAUGUUUGGAUUGAAGAUCAGAAAGGUGAAGAGUUUGAUAAUCAAAGAAGUUUAUUUCCAACUACCAAGUCAGGUUAAAUUAUUACUCUGCUGUGAUGGUGCCUCUAGAGGAAACCCAUGUAUGUCUGGUUAUGGUAUAGUUGGGAGAACUCACACAGGUGAAUUUGUGAUUGCAAUUUCAGGAGGAAUAGGAAUAUCUACUAAUUUCUAUGCAAAGGUCUUUGCAAUACUAAUUGCAGGAGAAUGGGAAGUACAUAAUGGAUUUCAAGAACUUGUCUUCAGAACAGAUUCUCAAGCAGUUAAGAAUGCAUUCCACAGUACGAGACUUCCUUGGUUUGCAAUAACAAGAUGGGAGAAGAUAUGUGCUGAAGUGUUAUCUUGGAGCUUCACUCAUAGUUACAGAGAAGUUAACUUCUCUGCUGACAACAUGGCAAAAAGGGGAGCUGCUCUUGGUAGGGGAGAAAAAAGAGUCUAA